AUGACAAAAAUAUUAAAUAAUAAAAUAUCUUCUAUCAUUGAAAAAACAAAUAACAAAAAAGACCUAAAUGAUUUGAAAAAGAUAAUAACAGAACAUAGAUUAUUAUCUAACAAACAAAAAGAAAUUAUCAAAAAUAAUAUAAAUAAAAAAAUAGUUGAAAUCAAAAAAAAUUCCAAACCAGAAAAACCUGAUUCUAACAAAGAAAUCCUUGUUAAAGAAAUAGAAAAAAAUAUAAUAGAAAUUAACAAAGAUAAUGUAGAAAAAUUACUUGAUAAUGAAGAUAUAGAUAAAAAAAUUCAAAAUUCAAAAUUAUCACCUUCUAACAUCAAAAAAUUACAAGAAUCAAGAAAAAAUAUACUAUUAAAUUUUAGAAUUGAAAUAUAUGACCAAUAUAUCAAUAUUAUCAAAACAGAAAAAAAUAAGAUUUUAUUAAAUGAUUUGAAUAAUGAUAUAUUAAAAAAUAAAAUCUUGACGCAUGAACAAAUUCAAGAUAUAUCUAGAAAAAAUAACUAA